CCAGUUUAAAUAUUUAAUCAUGUCAGUUGUUGUACGUAAUGCAAUCGAGUCCGACUGUCAGGGCAUUCUGGAUCUCAUAACAGAAUUGGCAGUUUAUGAAAAAAUGGAGGAUCAAGUGAAAAUGAAAGUUGAAACGCUACGUGAAGAUGGCUUUGGGAAUGAAAAAUACUUCCAAUGCUUUGUCGCAGAAAAUCAAGAAAAUGGUUCCUCAAAAUUGAUAGGAUACGUAUUGUACUAUUUCAUUUAUUCAACCUGGGAAGGGAAAUGCAUUUACAUGGAGGAUCUGUACGUGUCCCCGGAGUACAGAGGGAGGGGCAUCGGAUCCAGGUUAAUGGGAUCCGUUUGUAAGACUGCUGUAGAGAAGAAAUGUGCUAGAGUCCACUUUGCAGUACUUGGAUGGAAUAAACCCUCCAUUGAUUAUUACAAACGUCAAGGUGCCAUGGAUUUGACGGAACAAGAAGACUGGCACUUGUUUCGAUUAACUGGAAGUGCCAUAGAAAAAAUGGCAGCAAAAUGUGAUAUAUGAUAUAAGUACCCUUGAAAAAUUGAAAUCACAAACUUUUGUCCUCUUAUCUUACAAUUAUUCAGAGAAAUGAUGUUCCAGAGUGUCUAAA